CCGGGGCAGCGAUCGUCGGCCCCUGCCGCGUUUCCUCCAAGAUGGCGAGCGGCGGUAGCGGUGGGGUUUCGGUGCCUGCGCUCUGGAGCGAAGUGAACCGUUACGGCCAAAACGGUGACUUCACGCGCGCUCUCAAGACCGUCAACAAGAUACUGCAGAUCGACAAGGAUGAUGUUACCGCCCUGCACUGUAAAGUGGUAUGCCUUAUCCAGAAUGGAAGCUUCAAGGAAGCCUUGAAUGUCAUCAAUACUCACACCAAAGUGUUAGUCAAUAACUCUCUUUCUUUUGAAAAGGCAUAUUGCGAGUAUAGGCUGAACAGAAUUGAGAAUGCCUUGAAGACAAUAGAAAGUGCCAACCAGCAGACUGACAAACUAAAAGAACUUUAUGGACAAGUGUUAUACCGGCUAGAACGCUAUGAUGAAUGCUUAGCUGUGUAUAGAGAUCUCGUCCGAAACUCCCAAGAUGAUUAUGAGGAGGAGAGAAAAACAAACCUUUCAGCAGUUGUUGCAGCUCAAAGCAAUUGGGAAAAAGUGGCUCCAGAGAACUUGGGCCUCCAAGAAGGCACACAUGAACUGUGCUACAAUGCUGCAUGUGCACUGAUAGGACAAGGCCAGCUGAGUCAGGCAAUGAAAAUCCUACAGAAAGCUGAAGAUCUUUGCCGCCAUUCAUUAUCAGAAGAUUCUGAUGGGACUGAGGAAGACCCCCAGGCAGAACUGGCCAUCAUUCAUGGGCAGAUGGCCUAUAUUCUUCAGCUUCAGGGUCGUACAGAGGAGGCUUUGCAACUUUACAACCAGAUAAUAAAACUAAAGCCAACAGAUGUGGGAUUGCUAGCUGUGAUUGCAAAUAACAUCAUUACCAUUAACAAGGACCAAAAUGUCUUUGACUCCAAGAAGAAGGUGAAAUUAACCAAUGCCGAAGGAGUAGAAUUUAAGCUUUCCAAAAAACAGCUGCAAGCCAUAGAAUUUAACAAAGCUUUGCUUGCUAUGUACACGAACCAGGCAGAACAAUGCCGAAAGAUAUCUGCCAGUUUACAGUCCCAAAGUCCCGAGCAUCUCCUGCCUGUGUUAAUCCAAGCUGCCCAGCUCUGCCGUGAAAAGCAACACACAAAAGCGAUAGAGCUCCUUCAGGAAUUUUCAGACCAGCAUCCAGAAAAUGCAGCUGAAAUUAAGCUGACCAUGGCACAGCUGAAAAUUUCCCAAGGUAACGUUUCCAAAGCAUGUCUAAUUCUGAGAAGUAUAGAGGAGUUAAAGCAUAAACCAGGCAUGGUAUCUGCAUUAGUGACCAUGUACAGCCAUGAGGAAGAUAUUGAUAGCGCCAUUGAGGUCUUCACACAAGCUAUCCAGUGGUAUCAAAACCAUCAGCCCAAAUCGCCUGCUCAUCUGUCCUUGAUAAGAGAAGCUGCAAACUUCAAACUCAAAUAUGGGCGGAAGAAGGAGGCAAUUAGUGACCUAGAGCAGCUGUGGAAACAGAAUCCGAAAGAUAUUCACACCCUGGCGCAGCUUAUUUCUGCUUACUCACUUGUAGAUCCUGAGAAAGCAAAAGCUCUUAGUAAACACUUGCCCUCGUCAGAUAGCAUGUCUCUAAAAGUAGAUGUUGAAGCUCUUGAAAAUUCUCCUGGUGCUACAUACAUUCGGAAGAAGGGUGGAAAAGUUGCUGGAGAUAAUCAACCAAAGGAGCAAGGACAGGGAGAUUUGAAAAAGAAGAAGAAAAAAAAGAAGGGAAAACUGCCUAAGAAUUAUGACCCAAAAGUUACCCCAGAUCCAGAAAGGUGGCUACCAAUGCGUGAACGGUCUUACUACCGGGGAAGAAAGAAGGGUAAAAAGAAGGAUCAGAUUGGAAAGGGGACCCAGGGAGCAACUGCAGGAACUUCAUCAGAACUGGAUGCCAGUAAAACUGUGAGCAGCCCACCCACCUCCCCAAGACCUGGCAGUGCAGCAACAGCAUCUACAUCUACGAGUAACAUCAUACCCCCAAGACACCAGAAACCUGCAGGGGCUCCAGCAACAAAAAAGAAACAACAACAGAAAAAGAAGAAAGGUGGAAAAGGUGGCUGGUGAUUAGAACAUUCUUGUUGCAGGCUAUUUCUAAACUAGUCUUAGUGACAUUAGGAACAUAAUAAAGAUAACACAGUGAGAAGCACAGAGCUGCUCCCUCUCUCAUCCCCACAUUUUCAUAAAAUUAUUUUCCUGUGCAUCAAAAAGGAAAAGACCUUCCUCAAACUCUGCCUGGUCAGACUUGGCCUGCUUGUACCACCUAGCUUUGUACAGAUGAUAAGGACUCAAAAUAAUCGAUCAUUUACCCACCUUAAUAUCUGUUUCUUUAUGUGCUGAUCUGGUGAUGGUUUUCUCAGUUUGACAGACAAGACAUGUUAUCUAAUGUUUCCUAGGAUAUAAACAAAUUACUUCUGCUGUUUUAUUUAACUAGAGUCUGAAGAUACUUGUUCUGUUAAAUCCCACUUUAAAUUACGUCUUAGGAGAUCUUGGGAGACUGAAAGUGAAAUCUGAGCAUUCCAAAUAUCUGCUUAGAAGUAUUGUGUGAUAGAAAACGGGCUUUGUUAAUUAAUACACUGGUGUUUUUCAUUACAUGAUUGGCCACAGGAAAACUAAAUGUCUUCAUUCAUUUUUACCACAAAUCCUCUGUCAUGGGAUACUGUACACACACACACACACACACACACGUAUGUGUGUGUAGAGUAAUGAAAAAUGUGUUUGUAUAUGUAUAUACAUAUACCCAUAUACAUAUAAAUAUAUGUAAAUCAGGACCCUUUGAUGCCUCCAUAUCAUUUUCAGAUUAUGAUAGCAUUAUGCUGACUUAGUACUAUAAAGAACUCAAGGAAAACAUAUCAUUGUUGUCAGAAUUUGACUCAUAGACCCAGUGUCCUGAGGUCAGGUGGGUGUAGACUGUCUCAGUCAGAUUUAAUGGACCCUAUCGAAAGCAUGAGCAUUGACUUCCUAUGUAGAGAGGAAAUCAGUACCAGAGUUCAGUAGCAGGCAGUAUUAAAACCUCACAGAACUGGUUAGCUCAGUUAAUAAAUACUCAGAUGGCUCCUCUUUCUAGUUAGGGGUGUGGCUAUUCAUUACCCUUCCCAAAGCAAUGGAGUAUUGUGCAGUCAGUCUGCGUUGUCAGUGUUGCUCUGGGCUUCCCUGGCUUACACGCCACUUUCCUGAUGAACAGCUAUAAGACAGACACACUGGGAUGCCCACCCUGGUAAGUAAUCAUUUUAUGUUGCCCAGGAUAGCAUUGAGUUUAGACCUGAGUUACUUCCUUUUUACAUUACUCUGUCCUUCUCAAUAAAGUGCUGCUGUGUUUGACUCUGAACAUAUCUACUGAAACUUCUUCAAAGAGUUUUUAAAAGGCUAUCCUCCUUUACAAGAGUAAGGAAUGUGGUGCUGCCCUUCUGUUUGAUGUAAGCAGAAUCCGCAGUGGCAUCUAAACGAGACCCUCAUAUAUGAAUGAUUUAUUAUGGCAUAACUUUUUUGAGCUCUCUGAGAAUAGUCUUUGGUAAAAGUGGCAGAUACUCAUUUCUCCUGAAUAUAUACCCCAUUAUAAGAAUAA